CUGAGGAAUUCUUUUCAGAGCGGAUGUGUUGGGUAACAAUAGUCUAGAGUGUGUAUAGCGAUAGGACAUGGUGGGGGUACCCCUCGACCUCAUUUCUUGCUGGAUAUACCCGUCGCAGUAGCCGCCCUGAGCAAAAGGUGAGGACUGCUCAUUUUGUUGGUAGCAACGAGAAUCAGCAUCAGUACAGUUCCCACCAAAGGAGCCUCCGCAGGGAUGAGCGAAUAUCUUUCAGUGUUAUAGAUUCAAGCAUCAGAACACAUUUCAAGAUAAUUCAGCCAGCGGCUUAGCUAAGGUCAACACUGUCGGGGGCUAGUAGGGGGGCUGGAUACAGCGGGAGCGGAGUUCUAGUAUUUCUUGUUUUCUUUGUUUUCCGAACUUCCAGUGGGGGCGACGAUUUUUACCAGGGGGGGAUGCUCAGGGUCACCCCCCGCUACACCUCUGAAUUCAACCCGAGGGAGAAACGAAAACAUUGAUGUUGCAUUGGAUCUUGACCCACAUCGAUGAGACAAACUGCACAAUUUGGCUCGGGUUAAUCAUUGCAGCAGAUAUACUCGAGACACCAGGGAAAGAUACCCUAUUCAGAUUUUUUAACGUAAGAUACACUGAUUAAUUUAUUCAGCCAAUGAUCAUAAAGAAAAAAUCACUUAAUGAAUUCUAAAAUACGCUAUAAUUACACAAUCACAACAAUACUUCAAAAAACCAUUUAGAUUACAAAUAUACAUACUUUACAAUUACAAUAAUAAUACAAGUACACUUUAACCAGUUUAAUUAAAACCCAUGCAACCAGGGGAGGAACUAUUGAAACCGAACUGUUAAUUUAUAAAUACAUAUUUUAUACAUUAAAAUAUUUCCUUGUUAAAACCCGCAAUCUGAUCUAUGAAACUGCAACGGUUAGUUCCAGCCCCUACUGAUCUCAGCCUUCUUUUUGGAAGCAUCAUAUAAAAGACUUCUUUAAUUGAGUGAUGCAUUUCCUGAACAAUGUUUUGGGUCCACUUCCUCAUUCUCUUACUGUUGUCUGCAUAAACUCCGAUCAUGCGCAAUGCAUAUUUAGCUAUACGCAGUUGAGUUGUUAUCGAUUUCACUCUCAGGUGGUUACACACAUGUUCGGUAUAUUUUUCUUGUACAGUGUUGGCAUUUUUGAUUUUUUUUUUCGCCCCAGCCGAAGCUGUCACAACGUUACUUUUAUUCCAACCAGAUGGUCAGAAUUUGAACCAAAAAUAUCAUUUAUGUGGACGUGUAUGCGCAAUACAUACAGCGCUGACGCGUGUAUAUCCAUGGAUACAUGCAUGCUUCCACGAAAUUUUAUUUCAGUUCGUCAAACAUUUUUUUUUUCAGUUCGGGUUUAAUUUAUAAGGGUUUGUCGAAAAGGCUUCUUAUUUAAGUCUACGUUUUGGGAAAUUACGGGUGAUAUCUGUAACAGAAAUCAAGAUGUGGGACGGUUAACUUCCCUUUCUUUGUUCUCUAAAACAGAAGAGCCUAGAAAUAAUAAAACAUAAAAUAAAAGUACAAACACCAAACACGCGGAACCCAACCAAACCAGAUCAAACCAUAACCCUUCUUUCUCUCCAAUGCGUUGAAUCCUGAAUCCAUUGAACUUGCCGAGACGCAACCAUUAAUUCACUGCACUCCGGACGAGCAUAAGGCACAAGUUAUUGCCUAUAGGGCUGAUCCGUCUUCGUCGUUGCUAAGUAGCCAAGAAUCGUCGCGUUUCCUCUUCAGAGACAGCAACUGAGCGGGUCCGUUGGCUAGUUGGUAUUUCCGUCGUUGUUUCAUCAGCUCAUGUGACUCGGAGGUACUCCCCCCAAAUGCUGGCGAGGCCUGUACAUAUAUCCUCCAUUCAUGAAAUAACUCACUCUUCUUGCUUAAUCACUCUAUACCGAGAACAUCACCCCAAGAUUUUAGAGUGGGGUGUUGAAGUUCAAAGAUAAGCGUGGCAACAGAUACAAGUAUAAAUAUCAAUGGCUCAUCAUCCAGAAACAUCAUGAUGCUUCAAUUCUGUUCUGUUGUUGUAUGGAUGCUAAAUAGCGAACCAGAAUGGGAGGUAUCUAGGUAACGAGAGACAGGGGUGUGGGAGGCACUUUGUGUCAUCUGAAACCCUCGUGCCAUCCCGGCUGGCUUGAGGCUCUCUGGAAGCUGCGUGUGAAUCUGAGUGCCUUUUCCUUUCUGAGUUAGUGCACUGAAUGAGUCUAUUAUAAUCUCUAAGGCAUGUCGUUGCCUUGUUGGUGAUUUUUUCCUUUUUUUCCCAGUUGAUCAUUUAAGGAUUUUAGUUUCCUUCCGUGGUUUCCCCUUCAGUAAAAAGUUCUGUAUUAUACGCUGAAAAUAUUCUUAGAAGUUUUUUUAGUUGGGGAACGUGUCUUCAGCCUGGCGCUGCCCCAGCAACCAGUAAAGUCUACGUAUCUACCACCGAAUCUUUCCCAAUCACGUCACGGUCAUCAAGAUUAGACGCAUGCGCGGACGAUCGAUAUUGCGCAUAAUAAUUACCGUGCAUGACAACUUGCAUCCAGGGUAGAGAACACUUGUCUCAGCUGGUUCAGAAGUACACGUAAACGCAUAGGUCUACGGUACUGGCGUAAGAGACCAGGAAGUUUGUCUCUUUUGUAAAGUUCUGUAUUGAAGACUUGGGGUAUGCAAGUUCAACUUCACACAGUUUUGUUCAUUUGUCUGUCUUCGGCUUUCACCGCGUCGGACGCGGAUGCUGCCGCUGAGGACACGUGUAUUUCUCCGGCGACAAAUGACACCAAACCACGCGUCGGUCACGACGUGCCUCCUCUUCCCAACCGGACUCCGAUCUACGUCGGCGGUAUGUUCCCCAUUGAAAAUAACCAGCUCUUCGGCCUUGUGAAUGACUCCGUUCUCGCUGCAGUCCAACACAUCAAUGACCUAGAUGGCAUACUUGACGGGUACGAACUCAAAAUGACGUGGAACUGGACAGAGGGUCUCCCUAACCGAGCCCUGCGACUGUUGUAUGACUUCGUCUACGUCGACCCGCCUGUCCUGAUGGUCUGGGGACCGAUGUUUUCGCGCGUGGCUGUCAUCGUCAAUGAGGUUGCGGCAGAGUAUAACAUCAUACAGGUCACGUUGGCCAAUUCGCCCACCUUGCCCAACCAGACCCGGUUCCCACUCACCGUUCGCUGCGGCCUGCUGGAGGACGAGCUCAACCAGCCCCGCCUCGCUCUCAUGAAGAAAAUGGGCUGGACCCGGGCAGCCAUUGUCUUCGAAGACAUUGAGUACUUCCGCUCGAACUCGAAAGACUUGGCACAGACGCUAGAGGACGGAGGCGUAACUGUAUUGACGGUUGAAGCUAUCAAUGACAAGAACAAACACCGUGCACAGAUCAUCAAUUUGAUGAACCACGAUGCGAGAAUCAUAUUUGCCAGCUUCUAUGAGGCCCCAGCAUCCAGGUUCUUCUGCGAGGUAUACCGGCUGAAGGCCUACGGUCCGCACAUUAUCUGGAUCCUGAAUGGUUGGAUCAAUGACGGAUGGUGGCGCUAUACGUCCACCAACAACUCUACCUGCUCGUCAGAGGAACUGGAAGAGGUUCUUCGAUACCACCUCGCGGUCCACGGGUUUUAUGAAGGGGCUGAUGUCGACAUGAUCAAUUUCGGAGGAAUUAAACCCACACAGGAACAGAAGGCCUACAUGAAAACAUUGGUCACCGCGGACCUGAGCGUGCAGGACGUCCUGUCCCAGUCCUACGACGGCAUGAUCGUGAUGGCCCUUGCCCUGAACGCAUCCGUCCCCGAGCUAGCCCUGCUGAACCCGCCCCGUCGGCUGGAGGACUUCUACUACGGCGACACGGAGAUGAGAAAGGUCUUCAUGCGAGCAGUAACUAGGGUGCAGUUCUAUGGCGCCACGAGUAAUUUUUCACUGGAUGGAAACGCCGCGAGGACUGGGGAGUCUCUACGUGUCGUCGUCAAACAGUUCCAGAACACAGAAGACGAUCCCAUGAGGUGUAUAUUGCUGCUCGAACAGCCGGGUUGCGACACGCACUUCACCCGCAUCGCCAACAACUCGUUCGUGUGGUCAGGGGAGGUCCCACCCGUUGAUGGUAAAACGUUUCAAGAACAAGUCGUCAUGACAUCACUGAGUCUGCGCAUUGCCGUUGUUGUGGUCGGCACUGUAGGAGUCGUUAUAGCAGUGUAUUUCCUCUAUAUCAACGUGCGAUAUCGCAAUAGGAGGGCGAUAAAAAUAUCUAGUCCCAAGAUCAACAACCUCACGGCGACGGGAGGGCUUCUACUCUAUGGCUUCGUCUUCGUCAACAGUAUUGAAUCUCCAGAUUUUUCGGAUUCGACGCUGAUUGUUUUGUGUCACCUUUCCACCUUCCUCUUCUGCGCGGGCUUCUCCCUGGGGUUUGGAGCGCUCUUCAUGAAGACAUUCCGCAUCCAUCGUAUCUUCACUAAGGCCGUCACCCAACUCAAGAAAGUGGAACUUCCAGAUAGACGGCUAAUCAUGGGAGCUUGUAUACCUGUUGCAGUAGACAUCAUCAUUAUAGUUUUUCGCUUCGCUGUGGAUGACGUCACAGUCAUGACGGCGUCCAAAGACCCAGAGGAGGAUACUGCACAACUGGAGAGGGAAAUAUUUAUCAUUCCCUUCCGUAAAUUUUGCUGGUCUGAGAACGAGUUGUACUUCUUGGGAGUAUUGUACGCUGCCAAAGCAAUCUUGCUGGCCUUCGGCAUCUUCUUGGCCUGGGAAACCAGACUGAUCACUGUGGCUGAGCUCAACGACAGUAAAUAUCUCGGGAUGUCCGUGUACGUCGUUGCGCUGACGGUCACCAUCACAGUUCCUGUGGCGAUCUUGAAGCAAGACGAUGUCAACUUCCAUUACGCCAUCGUGAGCUAUGCUGUCAUCUUUGCUAACACGACUGUUUUGUGUCUGGUGUUUUUGCCAAAGGUGAUUCUAUUUUUGCGCACGGAGGACAGGGACUUGUCCAUCACCUUGAUGAAAGCAUCCAAGUUUUCAGGAAGCACUCUCCGAUCACUCCGCCAAUCCGAUUCGCGAACGGACAGGCUUGCCACCGCACUACAGAAUAAACUGCAGCAACUGGACGCUUUAAAGCAAGAUUUGUGCUCUAUGAUGAACGAGGAGGAGCCGAGGACUGUAAACACAGACGAAACGACGGGAUGAGGAUUCAAACCUUUUGCAUUGUUGUAACCGACCGUUAAUCUUAAUUCAGCCUUGUAGGAAAACGAAAGUAAGUUUAAGAAUAAAUUUCGGAGCUUGAGGAUUCUCCUGAUGUGGCAAGAGUGAGACCCACGGGACAUGUCGGGCGUCGGUAUCGACCUCUUUGGCAGGUGCAUUCCUAAGAAAUGUCUCCUUCCGGGGGUCGGCUUCUAGCUCCUUCUCUUAUUUUCGUGAUCAGCAGUAACUCAUUUUCGUUAUCCAUUAUGGAAAUGCCACAGCGACGGUUUUAAUGAGAUUAUCAAAGAAGACUCCCUGGCCUGGUGCCGAGCUCCCUUAUUUUUGGGUCACAAUCCUCGCAAAACCUCGCUGGACCCCGCCACCUCUCACUGUUGGGUCUCCUUGCGCGGUCUGCGCUCCAGCUCGAGAUGACAACGUUGAUCAGGGAUACGGGUACCUGGGGAGGUGUGGUGUGUUAAAUAGCAUACAUUUUCAAAAGAGAUGUCAGAGUUAAAGUCCAUUAUGAACUGAUUUAACCUUCUGUCAUUUUACGUUAGGAGUAAAACCAAAUAAAAUGGCCUUCCCAAACUGGCGUCAUUCACAUAAUAUGCGGAAGGGUUCUAGCCAGAUUUCCAGACGCGGGCCAUAUUCACACGCGUGCAUCCAAAAAUGCCAAGGAGAAGCAAAUAAAGAGAGCAUUUAAUG